AUGUCUUCAAAGGACAUCAGUCAAACGGUGGGCGUUUAUAAACCAAGGUCUCAGAAUCUCAUCGGCUGCAUUCUGCAUUCGUCUGUGGAAGCGACAUCAUCACACUUGGGAAUUAUGAAGCUUAGAGCAGUGGGAUGCCUGUUUAUUCUCCUGGUGGAUUUGGGUCUGGGUCUGCGCACUCCGCGUCCUGGCGCGCUGCUCGGCGGCUCCAGGCGCACAGACAAGCGGCAGCAGCUGACCAGCAGGCUGCCUCUCUACAUGAUGCAGCUCUAUCGGAUCUUACUGACCGAUGACCAGGCCACAUCCCCAGCUGGAAGCGUUAAUCAAGUCAGGAGCGAGGAUAACCCCGGUCUUCAUGACGCCGACUCCGUGGUCAGCCUUGUCGGUAAAAGCUGUCAGCAGAUCGGCAAGAGGUGGUCCAUCACAUUUGACCUGUCCUCCAUGAGCAGAAGUGACAACAUCCAUCUGGUUGAACUUCGCAUACGCCUGCCUGCCUUCGCCCAGUCUCGCAGUGCCUCGGUGGACAUCUAUCAAUCCCACAGAAGCCAAUGUUCGGGCAUGCUUUGCUCGGAGAACAGGCAACUCCUGGGCCGCCUCAGAGCUCAUCCCAGCUCGAUGGUGUCGUCCUCCUCCUGGAAGGUGUUUAAUGUGACAGAAAUGCUCCAUCACAGGCUGCAGGAGGAUCUCUCCAUGAAGAUGAUGAACCAGGAUCAAGCUGACACGAAAGAGGAAGAGGGGACGAUCCAGCACCUCACAGCUGACAGGGUCAUGAUGGUGGUCUUCUUAAAGCAGAACCUAAACAACCAACGGAUGCCGUUGCUGAUCCACACCGCAGAGCACUCCAAGUACGUCAGCCUGGACAAGGAGCGAGUGAUGCCCACCUCCAGUAUGAGGAGCCAUAGAGAGAAGAGGCACCACAAGACCCAACACAGGGAGAGAGACGCUGCAGGAGAGCGGAAACAAGGUCCUCUCUGCAGGAAGGUGGAUAUGUGGGUGGACUUUGAGAAGCUCAACUGGAGCGAGUGGAUUGUCCAUCCCAAACGCUACAAUGCCUAUCGCUGUGAGGGAAGCUGUCCUACACCAGUAGAUGAAAACUUCCACCCUACUAACCACGCAUACAUACAGAGUCUGUUGCAGCUUCACCAUCCUGACAAGGUGGCAUGUGUUUCCUGUGUUCCCACACGCCUGGCACCUCUUUCCAUGCUGUACUAUGAGAAUGGGAAGAUGGUGAUGAGGCAUCACGAGGACAUGGUGGUGGAGGAGUGUGGAUGCCACUGA